AAUUGUUGACACAUUGUGCAGAAAAGAAGAAGAAGAGGAAGAGGAAGAAGAAAUAUCGAUAGAUGGCGGUUUUGUUGUGGUUGAUCAUCGUCUUCGGAGCUUCGAUUGAGGCAACAAAUGGAGGUGUAUAUAAGGUGGGAGAUUCUGCAGGAUGGACUACAAUUGGCAAUGUUGAUUACAAACAAUGGGCUCUUACUAAAACCUUUCAACUUGGUGACGUCAUCGUUUUCGAGUACAAUCCUCAAUUCCACAACGUGAUGCAAGUGACACACGCCGAGUACCGCGCGUGCAACGUAUCUUCUCCCAUCUCGACACACACAACCGGGAACGACUCGAUCACCAUCGACACUAGAGGCCACCACUUCUUCCUAUGUGGCGUGCCAGGUCACUGCCAGGCUGGACAAAAGGUCGACAUCAACGUUCUCCCUCUUUCCACCUCAGCACCGGCCACCCCCUCCGGAAUAUUCACCCCCUCUCCAGUUCCCGAGUCUGCAGUUCCCGCACCUUCUCCCAGUGGUGCACCUCCUCUGAUCACUAAGCUCGAAUUGCUGCUUACGAUUUCGCAGCUAGCGCUCGUGUUUUUAUUUCGUUGGUAAUGUAAACUAUGAGAUAUCGAUUUCGAUCAUCGGAUGCACUAGUUAUUAAUUAGGGCGAAAAUAAUUCAUUUCAUGAUAUUUUUUCUUUCCUUUUUCGCUUUCCUGACAAAUCAUAUAUAUAUGAAUACACAAUGUGCGUACCUCUAUUCAGUCUUCUAUUCAACCCUAUCGAUUUAGGGGUGUAAACGAGCCGAGUUCACCAUAUUUUUCGAGCUUGAGCUCAUCAAGUUUCAUUUUCUGAGCUCGAGCUCAACUCA